AUGGUAAACACAUCAGAACACAAAUAUAACUCUCCAUACGAAGAGCCACACUGGAUAGCAGCUCAGAUAAUAUGGAUUAUCUACUUUACAAUCACUCUCUACCUCUUUCUCGCUCUUCUCAUCUACUUAUACAGGCACAGAAAAGAACCACAAGUAACACGCAGGAGGGGUCUCUUUAUGUACGGUUUUGUAACGACCGCCUUUAUCCUGGCGAUAGUGGAGAUGUCCAUUAACGAGUGGGGGAUACUGAGGAUGGCUGACAACGGGCAGGUCUGCGAGACCUGGAGACUUGCUCAUCACAUGGCUUAUUUUACAUCUCUUGUCCCGGGAUACAUAUUUCUGUGGAUCAGGCAGCACGCAUUUUACAGGGACGCUAUGCUAAAGACAAUGACCAACAAGAAACUCGCUGCAUUCAGUUGGGUAGUGCUAGCUCUUUUGUUAGUUGGUUACGGUUUCUUCAUGAGCUACUUUGGGUCCCCAGCCUACGCAGAAUCACAUGAGUAUGUGAUAGAAAACAUGGCAUGUUACUCUGGAAAACAUAAGAAGAUGUCUGCUUUCUUCUAUGCUAUAGCGAUAUCCCUACUAGUGUUUUACCAAAGUUCCCUCCUCUUCCUCUUCACCUACCCAAUAUGGAAGAGUAGUAGAGAUGACGGGGAGGCGAGUGAGACCAUGAACAUUAUCAUGGGGUAUAUCAGGAAGUGCAGACUUCUAACCAUUAUAUCUGCUGGGACAGAUAUAUUAGCGUUCUUAUGCUCGCUCCUCUUGAAACGAGUUUGGAACGCGCCCCUAACCGUUCUAACGGUUGUAUACGAUGUGGAUCUUCUUAUUAACCUAUUUUGCUUACUUCUCUGUCUCAAACCUUGGAAAGACAUCAUAAUACCAUUUAGGGUGGAACUUCAAGAGUUUAUUCUUGAGUGUAGCAUAAAGUUGGGGCUGGACCCGAAAGAGAAAGAUCAAAAAAUAACCAAGACGGACCGACCGCGAUCCUACGUGAACUCUAGGAGCGAAUCCAUAGACUACAACCUAGUUUCGAGGCAAGAGUCGGGGCAGUCGAGGUCCAGCGCUCACACCAAGCUCACCUACACCAGCUCCGGGGGCUCCAGGCCCCGCUCCCCGGCUCUCACUAGGAUGGUGUCUGUUCCGGAGAACGACCCGCUGGAGAUCUACGGGGAGAACGGGAUGAUGGAGAUAAAGGAAGGGAAAGUGAACGGUUCAAGCGGUGAAGUGUAGGAUCUGACACUUGGUACUGUUGCUUAUCAUUGUGCCUUAUUAUUGGACUGCCGCUGAAGUUGUUCACUGUACUGAAAUCGUGAAACAGAAUCUCCAAUUUUCUACAUUUGAGAUUCAAUAGUUUAUUGAACUAUCGAAUAAAAGAAUUUACCUAUUAACUAUAAUUUGCUAUUGUGACAUUUGAUGUAGCACUGGAUGUAAAAUUCUGCCUUCAAAAAAUUGUGCGAUUCUGUUCUAAACAUUAUUACCUAUGUUUAUUAUACCUUCAACCUUGUACCUGACCUAAAAUAUUAUUUAGUUUUAGUUACUUUUUAUUCUUAUCUUCAUUGAAUUCCUGUUUUAAAUGCUUCUUUGCAACCUACCUUUAAUUUUCUGUAAUGAUCAAAAAAUACUUAUCGCAGUUAUCUUCUAUAUUAUAGUUUUUGUUAAUGUUAGUUGUUAGAGUGAUUUACAAUUUACAUUUCGCCUUACAGU